UCAACGUGCAACCCGUGUUUAUCGUGUUGACAGAUCGUCAUCGCGAAACAAGAAUGUCAAGUUGAACUUUGCCAAACAUCGUUGUUCCGAAAAAAAAACUAAUAUUUCUCGCAAAAUCGACAUGGAUUUUACGAAAAUUUGUCGCCUCUGCUUGGAGGAAAAAGCGUCGUUGCGGGAGAUAGUCAGCGAAAAUGACUCGCUGAAGGACAUUUUCAGCCAAAUUCUACAAAUCGAGAUCUAUGAAGACGACCAGCUGCCACAGCAGCUGUGCGAGGAAUGUAUCACCACGGUCACCACACUGGACAAAACGAUCCGAACGUACCGGGAUAACGACGAAAAGUUGCGAAAGCUGCUGUACGAGUCAGGCCAUGUUAUGGUCAAGGAAGAGCUGGCGGAAAUGGAAGCCGAGUAUCUGCUGGAACCGGAAAUAGAGUUGGAGGGAAACGAGCAAAAGGAAGCGGAGGAGGUUGAUCAACUGGAAAGCUCGGAGAAUUCAAAGGAGAAGGUAGACGAUGAUGUAGUUCAGCCUGUAAAGAAAAGAAAAAAGGGCAAGAAAAAGGAUCACUUUCCAGUCAAGCCCAUUAAGGGCGACAUCCGGUGUUACGUUUGCCGGAGUGCCCCGUUUGAUACCCCGGAAGCACUUUUGGUUCAUUUGGUCGAGCAUUCCGGGGAACUUCCGUACACGUGCACACUUUGCGUCCGUAGCACUGUGGUCAUCACUAGCGUCUCUUCGCUUAACGUGCACAAGAGAAUGCACGACAAUCCCACGCCUUGUCCGCACUGCGACAGCCGUUUCUCCAACAAAAGCAGCCUCGAUCUGCACCUCACGAUGAAACACCAAGAUCUGGCCCCGGAUGCAACCCCGUCCAACUGUUCCGAGUGUGGAAAGCUUUUCCUUACCAAGAAAGCUCUGCGAUGGCAUAUGAACACGCACGACCCUCCAACACCUUGCGAGGUGUGUGGAAAAAUUUUCAAAUCUAAAAGACUGCUUGCGCGACACGUUAGCAAAGUGCACGACAAAGCAGAACAAGUUGAAUGCCACAUCUGCCACAAAAAACUAGUCACUUUGACCGCCCUUCGGGCGCACAUUUCUGUUAUGCACUCUACCGAGCAGUUCCAGUGCAAGUACUGUCCAAGACUCUACCCAUCCAAGACCAGCUUGACCUACCACGAGAAGCAGCACGAACUCAAACCGAACUACACCGAAACCAUGUCCAACCACUGGAAACAAUACUACACAGUGGCAGGGGAUGUCAAGACGUGCAACCUAUGCGGUGAAGUGCUAGCAAAUCCCGUCCGCACUCACUACACGACCAAGCAUUUCCCCCAGCCUAAACGGGAGUACCGCUGCGACCAGUGCAGCGCCGUGUUCAAGAAGAAAAAAGAUCUCGAGGUGCACUUGCUGGAGCACACGCACGGAAAGUUUCUCAAAUGUCCGAUCUGCAGCAAAGAAUUUUCCGAAAAGCGCUAUCUGUUGUUGCACAUGAGAACCAAACAGCACAAGGACCACCCGCUGGCGCAGUCGCUGGACUGGAUCGACUCGGAACUGCCGUCGCCGAAGCUCCGCGUGGCCAGGAAGGUAGAUCGCGUCGCUGUCGAGGCGAUCUUACCGAACUACAGACCGCAACCCGGCGUUGAUUCUGGAGGCGCACAACACUUUGUGCCUCCUCAACAUUUUAACCAUCCGCAUUGGCGAGAAAGGCCUAACCCGAACGGGCCACCCCAUCCGUAUCCCAAAUAUCAUCAGCUGUGAGUUGGCACAUACUUUUAUUAAAAAUGCUAAAUAAAGUGACUAAUUCGCAUUUUUC